ACCGCUGACAUCAAGGUAGUGCUGCGAAUUUCGAAAUCUUCUCUGUAAGACGUUCUGUUGUAAUUUCUUUGUGUUGCAUCAUAAUAUCCCAAUAUACAAACAUGCUAUAGCUCUGGAAAUUAUGUACAACGCCUGGACCAGCCCAGAAAAUGAGCAAUUUCCAGGAGGAACCCAAAAGCGCACCAAAGAAAGAAGAAGUUGGAAGGAACUACAAUUUGCAGUGAAAGUUACGCGCGGCCUACAACAGAACCUGGUGAAUCGAAUCCCGCACUCAUUCACAUUCUCGAGAGACCGGUUGUAUUUCCUAGCUGUACCACCAAACAGCCGUGAAAACACCAUACAGUAUGUGGACCUCCCUCGACCGCUGGAACGCACUUGUGUCGAGUACCCUCAACUGGAAUGGCAGCCAUUGUUAGACACAUUCAAACCAUUACCUUUCGCCGGUUUCUCAAAGGAGGAGCAAUUAUUGCGAGAGCGCAAAAGAUUAGGGGCGUUUGGGAUUACUUCUUAUGAUUUUAAUGACUCUUCGAGGCGGUUUCUUUUCCCGGUCUCUAAUAGCCUGUAUACUUUUGUUGACUGGCAUAACAAUGAAAUGCCUGUUAUGCCAGAUGAAAUCCCCUCUCAGGUGCAUGAAGCAAAGCUGGAUGCCAAGAUUUGCCCAUGUGAUGCAAACAUUGUGGCUUUUAUUCAUCGUAAUGACAUAUGGAUUGUGAAUAUAUCAACGGGUGAAGAGAAAAGACUGACAAAUACUAAUGGCGGAUCAGCCAAUGCUAUGGAUGAGCCAUUAUCUGCGGGUGUAGCAUCAUUUAUUGCACAAGAGGAAUUUGACCGAUAUACUGGAUACUGGUGGCAACCUAAACUUACAGUGGAUGAAACAAAUCGAACUCGGAUUUACAGAAUACUCUAUGAGGAGGUAGAUGAGAGUCCAGUUGAAGUGCUCCACAUUAUUUCAUCACCUGAGGGUGCCCUUCUCAGUAGCUCUGUAGACAGCUAUCGUUAUCCAAAAGCUGGUUCUUCAAAUGCUAUUUCCAAAAUUAAGAUAGUUGAAUUUAGUAUUGAAGAAUCAGGAAGUAUAUCUGAAAAUGUGACAGAAUAUAAUCUUCUUGUACCGUUUGAUGAGACGUUUCCUACAAUGGAGUACAUUGUACGGGCUGGCUGGGUCUCUACAGGCGACAGUGCGUGGGUACAGCUGCUAAGCCGCAACCAGCAGCAUCUUACCAUGGUCCUGCUGCCACUCACUUGCUUCUCGGCCGUCGUCCCAUCAGACUUCAGCCUUAUAAGCCUUCCACAGCAGAUGCCUAUAAUGCAGGUGUUAGCGGAGGACACUUCAGAUAUCUGGAUCAAUCUAUCUGACAUCAUCUACUUCCUAAAACCUGGUAGUGACACACAGUUUAUCUGGUCAAGUGAGGCAUCAGGCCACCGACACCUUUACCUAGCGUCUGUCAGGAGCAAUCACGUAAUAUCCAGAGGGCGCAGCCGCAGUUUGAUUGGUCAGAAUGCUGUGUACUACCCUCUAGUGACGCAGAGGCAGCUCACCGAGGGGGACUGGGAGGUUGACACUAAAACAAUAUGGGUGGAUGAAGAGAGAAGACUUAUUUAUUUCAUUGGAACCAAAGACACACCUCUGGAACAUCACCUAUAUGUGGUGUCUUAUGACGACAACAGUACUACAGAAGUUCAACGACUAACGGAGCUUGGCUUUUCCCACUCGGUCUCUAUGAAUGAGAAUUUCACGAGGUUUAUCACAGUAUCAUCGUCCGUGAAUGAGACGCACCGAGCAAUGGUGUACGAUAUCUCGCACGACCAGGUGGUGUUGAACCACGUGCCUAUGAUCACAGUUGAACCUGUGGCGUGCCUGAUGCAGCCUGAGACUCUGGGUUCUGACUACAAAGCCCCGGAGAUCUUUUCUUACAAAAGCAAACAAGGGUACCAAGUCUACGGGCUGAUCUUUAAGCCGCAUAACGUGGAGCCAGGAGUAAAAUACCCCACUAUUCUGUACGUGUAUGGGGGCCCACAAGUCCAGCUGGUGACAAACUCGCACAAGGGCGUUCGCUUCUUGCGACUUCACACGCUCGCCAUGCUGGGGUACGUGGUCGUGGUCAUUGAUGGGCGUGGCUCGGCGCAGAGGGGGUUGCACUUUGAGGGCCACAUCAAGAACAGAAUGGGUCAAGUUGAGAUCGAGGACCAAGUGGAAGGCUUACAGUACAUCGCCAGCACUACCGAAAUGAUCGACCUUUCACGCGUUGCCAUCCAUGGCUGGUCUUAUGGUGGCUAUCUGUCGCUUCUCGGGCUCAUCCAGAGGCCGGAUGUUUUUAGAAUUGCAAUUGCUGGUGCGCCAGUGACCGCGUGGGAAGCGUACGAUACGGGCUACACGGAGCGCUACAUGGGGACACCACAAGACAACAGUCGCGCAUACACCAUGAGCUCUGUGCUCACAUACGUCAACAACUUCCCGGACGAGGAAAACAGGCUUCUGCUUGUCCACGGCCUGAUAGAUGAGAAUGUGCAUUUCUACCACACAAGCUUGCUUAUCAAUGAGCUGGUAAAAGCGUGCAAACCCUACCAGCUCCUGGUCUAUCCAAAUGAGCGACAUGGUAUUCGUCAGACGGUGGCCUCUGAACAUUAUGAGACUACAAUGCUGUCAUUCCUGCAACAAAAUCUGUAGAGCUGUUCUGCUAGUAUCCACGGUGAUGUCAUCCCGGCAACAAACCUGUUCAAGUUAUUUUAUUGGUAUCCAUUGUGAUGUCAUUUCGGAGGAAAAUCUGUUGAAGUUGAGCUAUUGGUAUCCAUGGUGAUCUCAUCCCUGCAACUUACCUGUAGAAGCUGAGCUAUUGGUGUCCAUGGUGAUGCCAUUUCUGCAACAUACCUGUAGAAGUUACUCUAUUGGUAUCCAUGGUGAUGUCAUUCCUGCAACAAAACUUGUAGAAGUGUCGCUAUUAGUUUUCAUGGCGAUGCUAUGCAGCAAAAUCUGUAUAAGUUGCCUGGAGACAGUGUUUGUAGGAGUUUUAGCUAGCUUCCCGACUCUUUCGGGUAGGUGGGGGUCAUAUUCCAUGUCUGUUUGCUUUUCGUUGAAAAUUGUCGGAUUUGAACAAAGAACAAAAUCCAGCUGGACUCGAAAUGAGAUUUUUGCCGUACAUUUUAAGGGACGUAUUCUGGAGUGUUUAGAUUUAGAGCUUUGUUCUAGAUGAAAAUUCCUACGUGGUGGAUAGUAGGUGUUUUUAAUGUACAAAUAGACAAGUAUAUAAUAAAGAAAUAUCCAGCAGGUUUUUAAAUUGUA